AUGGAGGGGCAGUCGUAUCCAUACACACCAACGGAUCUUAAACUGCUAGGCUAUGUUCCUAAUUUCCUAACUCAAUCAACCAUUAAUUUUACAAAGACAAGACUCGCUCAUUAUCCGAUCGAAGUUUGGAAAGAAUAUAGCAAAGGUGAUUCAAGAUAUACGGCAAAAGAUGCUUGGAACGAGUUAUUGUUGAAGGAGUGA